CGUAUCACAAACAUGCAGCGUUAAAUGCGAGCCCGCAACCCUAUCAUCGGAUCGUCGUCGUCGUCCAAAGAACAACAGUGACUCAGAGAGAGAUGAGAAGAUCCAUUCUAUGUUACUUCCCAUUUCUUCUUUCCUUCCUCGGGUACAGUUCGGCCCUGUCCAGUGCAUACACUGACCUCGAUGCUCUGCUCAAGCUCAAAGCUUCCAUGAAAGCUCCCAAUGCUACACCUUCUGCAAUGGAUGACUGGAAGCCCUCUGCUUCUCCUUCUGCUCAUUGCAACUUCUCUGGAGUCAUCUGCGACUAUAGUUCCCGUGUUGUCUCUUUGAACGUUUCGUUCCUUCCUCUGUUCGGUUCUGUUCCGCCGGAGAUUGGUCUCUUGGACAAGCUUGUCUCUCUCACCCUCUCACAGGACAACCUUACCGGCGAGCUUCCUAAAGAGCUCGCCAAUCUUACUUCUCUCAAGGUUCUUACCAUCUCCUACAACGCCUUUACCGGAAAGUUCCCUGGUGAAAUCACUCUCAACAUGACGAAGCUUGAGGUUCUAAACGUUUAUGAUAACAACUUCAACGGCUCGUUACCCGAGGAGGUGGUGAAAUUGACGGAACUGAAGCAGCUCUGGCUUUCCGGGAACUACUUUUCCGGUGAGAUACCUGAGAGUUAUUCAGAGUUCGACAGCUUGGAAAUUCUGAGGCUGAACAUGAACAACCUCAGAGGGAAAAUCCCGGCGAGUUUAGCAAAAUUGAAGAAGCUCAGGGAAUUGAAUUUGGGGUAUAGCAAUAUGUUCCAAGGAGGUAUUCCACAGGAGAUAGGCACGAUGAGCCCACUUGAACGGAUUGAUUUAGCGUACUGCAAUUUAAACGGCGAGAUUCCACCGAGCUUGGGCAAUUUGAAGAACGCGAUGUGGCUGUAUCUGCAACAGAACAAUCUGACCGGGGAAAUUCCAUCCGAACUCUCCGGCAUGACUAGCCUCCAACAACUGGAUUUAUCCUGUAAUGAACUCACCGGAGAGAUACCCUCCAGUUUUUCCAAACUAACGAACUUAACUUUGAUCAAUUUGUAUGAAAACAAGCUUCAUGGGAUUAUCCCGUCAUUCAUUAGCGACCUUCCGAAUUUGGAGGUUUUUCAGGUUUGGGCCAACAACUUCUCAUUCGUCUUGCCUCAAAAUCUCGGCCAGAACGGAAAAUUGAAGAUGCUUGACGUCGCAAGCAAUCGUUUCACUGGUUUGGUUCCGAAGGAUUUGUGUAAAGGAGGAAGGUUGUGGCUUUUCAUUCUCAUGGAUAAUUUCUUCGACGGUCAGAUUCCUGAGCAGUUAGGUGAGUGUAAGUCUCUGCAAAAGGUUCGGAUUUCUAAUAAUUUCUUCAACGGAUCGAUUCCUUCUGGGUUUUUCAAUCUUCCUUCUGUGUCGGUGAUCGAAUUCAGCAACAACAACCUAUCCGGUGAGCUACCGCUGCAUAUGUCAAGCAAUGUUCUAGGAAUUUUGACACUUUCGAAUAAUUCAUUCACCGGUAAAAUACCUGCGGCGAUCGGCAAGCUCCGGAGCUUGCAAAAUCUGUUACUAGACAUGAACCAAUUUGGAGGCGAGAUUCCCGUGGAAAUUUUUGACUUGCCGAUGCUUACAAAGAUGAACAUGAGCCAGAACAACCUCACUGGUCCGAUUCCUGAUUCCGUAUCUCGCUGUGUUUCCUUGACGACCGUCGACCUCAGCCGGAACAUGCUGAUCGGAGAAAUCCCCAGAGGAAUAGAAAACGCAACGGUCCUAAACAUUCUCAACCUGUCAACGAACCAUCUAACAGGCCCGAUACCAGAAGAAAUUGGAGACAUGACGAGCCUGACCACGCUUGACCUCUCCCACAAUAACCUCACGGGCAGAAUCCCAACCGACGGCCAAUUCAGUGUCUUCCCACGUGAGAGCUUCGCCGGGAACCCCAAUCUCUGCUUCCCACAAGAUCAGUUCUGCAAAACAUCUUCUGCAAUCACUUUGUUGCAUGACAAGUGGAUCCCUCUUUCGGUUUUCUUAAUGACGACAACAUUCAUGAGGCCCCUAAAUUGAAUCCUUUCGGCGACCGGAAGAUAUGUGAAUAAAAAGUCUCCUGAACAUAUUUCUCUCAUGAUGGUGCACCAGUGUAGAUAGGGAUCAAUCUGAAUAAAUAGUGAGUGAGAAUAUUAAAGCAAGUAUUCAAAACCUAAAUAAUGAUGAGGUUGAGCGGUGAAGCUUGAUGCUUGAUUUUAAUAGUGAUGCACUGAUUUGUAGUCAUCUCAUCGAUCUUACUGGUUUGGUCCUUGAAUUAGCCAUGAAAAGUAGUGUGUGAGUAUUACGAAGGUAGUCUGCGCCACAUUGUAUAGCUUCGUUAGAGCUUUGUCAGUGGUCAUUGUUGAGAUUGGGGGGCCAUACUAAGAUAACCAGUCUUUGAUUUGGAUCCCUGCCUUUCUUGUUUCCCUGACUCAAGUGUAAUGCAAAAUGUAAAAUAUUUAUGUUAUUUGAAGA